AGGUCACAUUAGAGAUCAGCUGGAGGUCAUGAUAGUGCUUCCACACUUCCCCCUCCUUUCCUGUUGUCAGCGAGGUGUUGCCUCUGCUCUUAAAGGUGUUAUAAAGUCUUGUUUAAACACAUCUCCAGGGACACAAUUGCAGCGAAGUGCACGCAUAUCAGCAGAACAAAAAACCUGCUGCUUCAUGUACCGUGAGAUGUUUUCAAUAUAUCUCACAUAUGAGAGGACCGGGCACCUUUUGGAGGACAUGGGUGAGGCGCUUUGGUUGUCAUGCUGGAUGCAGUAAGACAGGCAAACCGACAAAAGACAGCACAUUUGACAUUUGUGGGCUCAUACCUGAUGGACUCAUAUCCGAGCGAUCGAUAUCUGAGUUUUUCCAAGAUCGCGUGGACACAGGAAACAAUCGUCAACUCCGAUUCUCGAAUCAGACUUGUGUCAAAUCAGGCAGGAGCAUCGUCCAUGUGGGCGUCAUGCUGUGGGCUGCUGAACGAGGUGAUGGGCACGGGCACGGUGCGGACACAGCAGCCUGGGUUUGGAGCAGGGGCUCGGCCCUUCCGCUUCGCCCCCAGCGCCGGCUACUCCACCUACCCGCCCACCGGCUCAGGGAGCGCUGGACAGCUGUGCAAGGCCUGCGGACUGGCCUUCUCCGUCUUUAGACGCAAGCACAUCUGCUGUGACUGUAAGAAGAGUUUUUGCACCCUGUGCUCGGUGCUGCAGGAGGACCUGCACUGCUGCACAACCUGCCAUCUACUGCGGGGCACAGCUUUCCAGCGGCCUCGGCUCAUGCAGCUGCGAGUGAAAGACCUGCGCCAGUACCUGCUGCUGCGCAACAUCCCCACCGAUACAUGCAGGGAGAAAGAAGACCUGGUGGACCUGGUGCUCUGUCAUCAGGGGGCAAGGGCGCCUCAGAGAGCAGUGCUGGUAGAGGACGAGGAGGAGGAGGAGGAGGAGGAGGAAGAAGAAGAAGAAGAAGAAGAGGAGGAGGAAGAGGAAGACACUCAUGAGGAGGAGGAGGAAGACGGGGAAGAUGACACAGACAGUCUGCACUCACUCCCCCCCUCACAUGCCGCCUCGCCCCGCUCAGCCACCUCUGAACAGUCAGUCCUCUCCGCCUCUCAGGGAGACGUUCUCAGCCCAGGAAGUGACAGCUCAGGAACCACCAGCCAGGAGCAUGAGGACACUCCAGCAGCGUCCCUCUUGAACCUGGAGCCCACAGAAAAUAUCAUUGAGGUCAGUCCUGGGACACAGAGGAGAAUCAGAGCUUCGUUGUCUGAUCUGGACAAUGAAGAGGCGAUAGAAAACCUCUCCGUGCGCCAGCUGAAAGAGAUUCUCGCCAGGAACUUUGUCAAUUACUCUGGCUGCUGUGAGAAGUGGGAGCUGCUGGAGCGAGUGCAUCGACUGUACAGAGAAAACGAGCAGAACAGGAAAUCCAUAGAAAAUGUGAGCAUCACUGCAGUGGUGGCAUAUCCCCCACCUCUCUGCAACAGUGGAGAUGGAGAUGCUGUCAAAGCUCAUCUGGCUAUGGACGAGAACCUGUGUCGCAUCUGCAUGGACGCCAUCAUCGACUGUGUGCUGCUGGAAUGCGGUCACAUGGUGACCUGCACCAAGUGCGGGAAGAGAAUGAGCGAGUGCCCCAUCUGCAGGCAGUACGUCGUGCGUGCCGUGCAUGUCUUCAAGUCCUAAAAACUAUGAGCAUGUGCACGUCUCGAGCGUCCUCAGGCGUGCACGUGGCCCCAGCUCUGAAAUGAUCACCGUGGAUGAACUGCUGUGCAUGACGUCUCAUAUGGCCUAAUGUUGCAGCAGGCGCAAACAACUUCUUUGCCAUCUUUGAAGCCAGACUGUUGCCUCUGGGCUGACACAGUCUGUUUCCUCCUCCUCCUCCUCCUCUCUCCUUACUAACUCAUCCAGUCCCACUUCUUCUCCCUGGUGGACGUCAUCAGCAGCAGCAGCGGGACACUCACUCUCGUUCUCUCACUCCCUCGAGUCUGAUAAACACACAGCAGAAUCCUCUCUGCCGUCACUUUCUACUCUGUUUUUAGAUUCUACUCACAGGGGAGCAGGGGAGGUGGUCCUGUGUUUACUCGGAAGUGGGUCGAGUUGUUGUGUGUGGCACAGAGAAGCAGUGCAAUGGAGAAAGUUGUAAGUUCCCAGGCUCACAGUCGAUACAGUUUACACAGUCGUGCCACAUGACGCCGUGUUAUCGCCCUCAGUGUUCGUUAGGAUGUGCAAUAUUAGAAAACACUCUUUUUUUCUUUUUUUAAAGGAAUCUCUUCUUGUUAAUUUGAACACCACAUGCACUGAGUCACCUGGCCUCACGUACAGGAGGGUGUCAAGGUGCCAAACAUCAUGUCUCUGAUAGAUGUUUGGCUUAGGGUUACACAGUAGCUACUGUAUAUGCAUCUCAUAACCAGCAAGCUUUUGUUUUCUGUUUUCUCUACAAUGAACUUAAAGGAGAGAAAAGUGGGUUUCUCCUGUGUGAAUGUGUUUCACCAAACUCCUCUAAAAUUGAAGGAUACGGAUGUGAUUUAUAUUGAUGACAAGAACGGUAAAAUCACUGCUCGGUAAUUCCUGUAACAUCUGCUGAGUGUGAAAGUUCCUUCUCAUUCUUUGGAAUAGCAGUGUGACACAAAAAAAAACCCAAAUCUUCCCAAACUUUUGAUCGCCUGAUUGUUUCCUCUCUGUGUUGAUGUUUUAGCUGACACCAUGAAGAGGAUAACUAAAUAAACAAUUGAAGGUCCAGUGUGUAAGAUCGAGUUUAUAGAGGACUCUUCUGCUCGCACCUCCCUUUUCCCACGCGCGUCAGGGAACUACGGUGGCCUUCAUACACCAGAAAGGAUGCCAUUCUUCUUUAUUUGUGUCGUAAGCUCACACUUCAUGAAAACAUGAAACACACACGUUACAGUACAUUUAUUUGAAAGAGUGAUUAUACACUUUUACAAACACACUGGACCUUUAAUUUAGUGGACGUUUGAGUUAACUCUUAAUUCCUCUUUCAUUUUAAAUGAGCAGACUUUGUCCAUCAAGCAAUACCAUUGAAUUAAAAUUCACUAGUCUACCAACCACGUAGAAUGUUCUGUAGGUAACAGGUGCUACUUUUCGUAACGUGUAACGUCAACAUACCUUGCUUGUCAUGUCGUCAAGGUGACCGUCCAAACAUCCAUCACACAGUGAGAGGGAGAGGAAUCCCGUUUUACUUUAAGUUGUUAUGCAAAUGAAAGUUUUGUUUUGUUUCUUCUUUUUUGUGUGUGUCACAGUUAACUCACUAAAAUAUCCGUGGGUGCAGUUUGACUCUGGUAUAUUGAAAAAAAAAGAAAAAGCUUAACUGCUGUUAAGUGAGUCCAAUACAGUAGAUAGUUUAUAUUGUUGUUUACUGAUAAGUUAUUAAAUGUAUAUUUUUCCAUGUAAUUGGGAGGUGAUAUAAUUUCAAAUUAUAAUGCAUAAUAUGGAGGUUUAAAAAUAAAAAUAAAAUCUAUACUGUGUUUCGAAUGUAUUUUUGCUGGUUCUCGUUUAGAAGAUUUUCCUCAUUUCACUCGGUCACGUCACUCUCACACGAUUAAAACUGCACCAUGGUCCAGAUUUCCGACAUCUACCUUUGUUUGUGCUUUGCUUCGGAUCAAAAAAAAAAAAAGUGGCACUGACACCGCAGACUGUAACAAAAUACUGUAACUCUGUUUUGUCUGUUUGUUGAUGCUGCUGUUUUCUCAAAGAUGUCAUUCAUGGGCAGCUAGUAUUACCAGAGUAGGAGGGUAUCAGUAUCACGAGCACUCAUAAUCCUGGAUCUUUAUAUUUUGGAAUGUUGGAACCUUUUUAUUUUGGUAAACAAGAGAUAAAUGAUUUAUUAGAUUCAAUAAAAUGCAGUACAACAAACCAUA